AUGGCCACGGAAAAGGAAUUCCAGCCCAGCGACGAGGAGGUGGCCGACCAGUCGCUGGCGCAGCCGGGCAAGCAUCAGGUCAAAUGGUAUCGAUCGAGCUUCUAUAAUGCCCUUAUUCUCGGGCUCUGCAAUUUCCUGGCUCCCGGUAUCUGGGGCGCCAUGAACUCGCUCGGCGGCGGCGGUGCGCAGGAACCGUACCUGGUAAACACGGCCAACGCGCUGACGUUCUGUCUGAUGGUCGUGUCGUGCUUCUUCGGCAGCGUCGUCGUUCGCUUCAUCGGCAUCAAAUGGACCCUGAUCGUCGGCACCAUGGGCUACGCGCCCUACGCGGCGGGUCUCUACACCAACAACCGCUUCCAGAGCGAGUGGCUGACCAUCUUCGGCGCUGCUCUCUGCGGUCUCUCGGCGGGCAUCUUCUGGAUGGCGGAAAGCGCCAUCGCCCUCUCCUACCCGGAGCCCUACAACCAGGGGCGAUUCCUCGGGUUCUGGCUGAGUUUCCGCGUGGGCGGACAGAUCCUCGGCGGUGCCAUCAACCUGGGCAUCAACGCCAAUCGCAACGAGGCCGGAAGCGUCUCGUUCACCGUGUUCAUCAUUUUUAUUGCGCUGCAAGCGCUGGGGCCCUUUGCCGGCCUGCUACUCAACUCGCCGGAGCGCGUGCAACGCAGCGACGGGCUGCCGGUUCGCCUCCGCGUGGCGCAAAGUCCCUGGUUCGAGAUCAAAGCGACGGCCAAACUGUUCGCGACACGCAAGUUCCUGCUGCUGGUGCCGCUGAUCGCGCAGGCGGCGUACAGCGAAGCGGUCAUGUUCACGUAUCUGUCGCUGUGGUUCUCGGUGCGCGCGCGGGCGCUCGGCUCGUUUCUCUCCGGGGUCACGGCGCUGACGGUCGGGAAUCUGCUGGGCGCGUUUCUUGACCGCACUCGCAUUUCGCUGAAGAUCCGCAGUCGCGGCGCAUUCACGGUAAUCUUGGCCUUGCAAGGCGCAUGGUGGAUCUGGGGAACAAUCGUCGCGACAGAGUAUCGUCGCACGGGGCCGACGUAUGACUGGGUGGACGAGGGGUUCGGACGAGGGUUCGCGGUGUAUCUGUUCUGGGUGAUGGGGUUCCAGCUGAACUACAUGUUCCUGUACUUUAUCAUCGGCAAUCUGGCGGACGACGAGGAGGAAAUCAUUCGCGUGGCGGGUCUGCUGCGUGGCACCGAGUCGGCGGUGCAGGCCGUGUCGUACGGGCUCAGCAGCGUGGCGGUCAUGGCGUCGGUGGGAGGCAUCUAUCUCAACUUCGGGCUGUGGGCGCUGUCGGUCGUGCCGGCAUGGAUUGUCGUGCGGGAGUUUGGGGUGUCUGGCGAGGACAAGAAGAUCGAGCGCGAGCGACGCUUGGCCGGGUGCGAGUGA